CUCCCCCUGCCUACAUGGACCGUUCCUGGUGACAUCACAACCCUAAGUGGUUGCCAAGGCACUACUGGAGGUGGGCUCUCAUUUCUCCCCAGGAGCUCUAGGGUGUGGAUGUAAGAAGGUGAGAAAGGGAGGUAGAUGGCGACAAAGAACAGCCCUAGCCCUAAGCCCAUGGGCACAGCCCAGGGAGAUCCUGGAGAGGCAGGAACACUGCCAGCCCCUGAGGCUGGCAUCCGGGACACAGGUUCCACUCAACUGAAAACGAAGCCAAAGAAAAUACGCAAGAUCAAGGCUCUGGUCAUUGACCUGGGCUCCCAGUACUGCAAGUGCGGCUAUGCAGGAGAGCAGAGGCCCACCUACUUCAUAUCCUCCACUGUGGGCAAGCGCAACGCCGAGUUGGCAGCUGAUGCUGGAGACACCUUCAAGGAGACAUACGUGGGCCAUGAGCUGCUCAACAUGGAGGCAUCUCUGAAGCUGGUUAACCCACUGAAGCACGGGGUUGUCGUGGACUGGGAUUGCAUCCAGAACAUCUGGGAGUACAUCUUCCACACGGCCAUGAAGAUCCUCCCGGAAGAGCACGCGGUGCUGGUGUCCGACCCUCCACUCAGCCCCAGCAGCAACCGGGAAAAGUACGCGGAGCUCAUGUUCGAGACCUUCAACAUCCCAGCCAUGCACGUGACCUCCCAGGCGCUACUGUCCAUCUACUCUUAUGGCAAGACCUCUGGCCUGGUGGUGGAGAGCGGGCACGGCGUGUCGCAUGUGGUGCCCAUCUCUGAGGGAGACCUGCUGCCCGGCUUGCCGUGCCGUGCGGACUAUGCCGGCUGCGACCUCACCAAUUACCUCAUGCAGCUGCUCAAUGAAUCAGGUCACAAGUUCACGGAUGACCACCUGCACAUCAUAGAACACAUCAAGAAGAAGUGUUGCUACGCCGCGCUGCUGCCAGAGGAGGAGAUGAGCCUGGGCCUUGAGGAGCUGCGCGUAGACUACGAGCUCCCAGAUGGCAAGGUCAUCACUAUCGGCCAGGAGCGCUUCCGCUGCUCCGAGAUGCUCUUCAAGCCCUCCCUGGUGGGCUACACCCAGCCAGGCCUCCCGGAGCUCACAGCUGACUGCCUGAGCCGCUGCCAGGGCACUGGCUUCAAGGAGGAGAUGGCUGCUAACGUGCUGUUGUGUGGUGGCUGCACCAUGUUGGAUGGCUUCCCCGAGCGUUUCCAGAGAGAGCUGAGUCUCCUCUGCCCUGGGGACAACCCCACGGUGGCCGCUGCUUCAGAAAGGAAGACCUCGGUGUGGACCGGCGGCUCCAUCCUGGCCUCAUUGCAAGCCUUCCAGCAGCUUUGGGUCAGCAAGGAAGAGUUUGAGGAGCGGGGCUGUGCAGCCAUUUACAGCAAGUGCUAAGGGGCGGGCCCCACAGGCAAGAGCUAGAGAGCAGAGGCCCCCGGGGGCCACUCUAUACCUUUACAGAAUUUCUCAUAAAAGUUUAACCUAUAA